AUGGAAGAUUGGGAAGAGGCCCAUGAAGCUAUAAAGGCUGACAUUAACGAGCUGAAGGAUCAAGUGGGCCAAAUCCUGGAGGUCUUGAAGUUACUGAAGGCUUUAGGAAAGGCCUCAUCCGCUAGGGUCGAGGAGAAUGCUCAUUCUUAUGGAAUGCCUAUGGGCACGUCAGUUUCGUUCCCAAUGUACGGUCUGCCACCGGGAUACACUCCUCCAGUUGGAGAAUGUUCAGAUGCAGAACAAACUUCUUUUUCUUUUCCUGCAGCUAACAACACAUUAUCGAUCGGACCGAGGAUGACUGUGGCGCCCCAGCCUCCGAAAACAUUCAAUGAUGCAGAUGUUGUGACUAAAGCUGUACCACACGCUACAGUCCAAGCAAUAUCCACUGUUGUUGAUGGGGCUAAAAGUAAACUUGAAAUUCUUGAGGAAAGGAUUCGUGCCAUUGAGGGUGGUAGAAGCUAUGGGUUCGAUGAUGUGGCGAGAUUAAGCUUGGUUCCUGGUGUGAUGAUACCACACAAGUUUAAGGUCCAAGAAUUUGAAAAGUAUAAGGGCACCACAUGCCCUAAAAGCCAUAUGAUAAUGUACGAUAGAAAGAUGGCUGCUUAUGCCUAUGAUGAAAAAUUGCUAAUACAUUGA